AUGGCGAUUCUACCAGAAAGUACAGUGGAAGUAGUUGAAGACGAGAGCCAUGUUUCUCCUCCACCAGGCUCAGUUCCGGCAACUUCUAUCUCACUCACCUUCUUCGAUAUAAUUUACCUUGUCACUAUACCAGUCGAUUGCAACUGGAUGCAACGCCUGUUUUUCUACGAAUCCAAACACUCCGCCGCCGAUUUCAUCGGAAACAUUCUUCCCGGUCUCAAAGCAUCUCUUUCGCUCACUCUGCAGCGGUUCUUUCCUUUCGCCGGCAUCGUCGUGUUCCCUCCGCCGCCUCGGAUGCCUUACAUUGUCUUAGCGGAGGGAGACUCUGUCUUGUUUGUCGUUAAGGAAUCGUCGGUGGAUUUUGAUCAUCUGGUCGGUGAUCAUGCGCGUGACCAUGAUGGGUUUCUUUCUCUUGUACCCCGAAAGCCACCCGCGAUUGAAAGGAUGUCCGUUGACGGGUGCAGGCAAGAGCCAGCCAUGGCGGUUCAAGUCACCGUGUUUCCCAAUGCAGGGUUUUCCAUAGGCGUCGGCUUCUCCCAUAAUGUAGCCGACGGGAUGACGUUUGCUCACUUCAUGAAAUCAUGGGCUUCCAUUCAUCGGAAUCGAAAGGCUCCGGACGAUCAUUUACCGAUUUUCGACCGGGAUUCGAUCGACGAUCCUCUCGGAUUAGCACCCCUUUUGAUGAACAACAUCGGGAUGACACUCCAAGGCACAAUUUCACCCAACAGUUCCUUCAACAAUCUCCGGGUCACAUUCAAAAUCAAACGGUCUCAAAUCGAGUCACUGAAAACCGAGGUGAAAACAAAGUGCAACGAACUGAACGGAUCGACAUUUGUAGUAGCAUGCGCUUACAUCUGGGUUUGCUUGACCAAACUACACCGAUCAUCAACACACUCCGAUGAGCUUUCUUACUUCCAUUUCCCGGCAGAUUGCAGAGCCCACCUAAACCUACCCCAAACAUACUUCGGCAACUGUCUUACACUACGAUUAACAUCGGCAAAGAGGAGCGAGCUGUUAAGCGAAAACGGAUUUCCGGUAGCUGCAAUCGCAAUCGAGAGAGAGAUCACGGAAUUUCGGAAACAACCAUUCAAAGAUGCAACGAAGUCGUUGCUAAAAACGAUUGAAAAAAACAAAACGGAAAAGGAUAUCGUCUUGCUCGUCUCGUCUCCGAAAUUCGGGUUAUACGAUACGGAUUUCGGAUGGGGGAAACCCAGAAAGACGGAGGUCGGAAUGCUUCAAUCAAUUGGGCGUCGUUCCAUGGUUUGUAUAUCGGAGAGCAGAGAUGAGGAAGGCGGUGUCGAAUUCGGGUUGGGAUUUGCUUCCCAUGACUCGGUUAAUAGCUUCAAUGAUAUCUUCAUGGAAGGGUUGCCAAAUUGA